GCUCGUGUCCCGCAUUGUUUGGAUCAGCUGUGCGUGGAUGUGAAACCCCACCCAAUGAGGAAGGACGAGCAGUGAAGAUCAGAUCCGGAUCCUGACAGCACGAGCCCGCAGCCGAUCAUGAUCGCGUUAUUUAAUAAACUGUUGGAUUGGUUUAAGGCGCUCUUCUGGAAGGAGGAGAUGGAGCUGACGCUUGUCGGACUGCAGUACUCGGGGAAAACCACAUUCGUCAACGUCAUCGCGUCCGGUCAGUUCAGUGAGGACAUGAUCCCUACAGUCGGAUUUAACAUGCGCAAGAUCACCAAGGGAAACGUCACUAUUAAAUUGUGGGAUAUCGGAGGACAGCCGCGUUUCAGGAGUAUGUGGGAGCGAUACUGUCGUGGAGUCAGUGCUAUAGUGUAUAUGGUCGACGCUGCUGAUCCAGAUAAAAUUGAGGCAUCUAAAAAUGAGCUGCACAACUUGUUAGAUAAGCCACAGUUGCAGGGCAUUCCUGUUCUUGUUUUGGGCAACAAGCGAGAUCUUCCUGGAUCUCUGGAUGAGAAGGAGCUGAUUGAACGAAUGAACCUGUCAGCCAUCCAGGACCGAGAGAUCUGCUGUUACUCAAUUUCCUGCAAGGAGAAAGACAACAUUGACAUCACACUACAGUGGCUGAUCCAGCACUCGCGAACCAGGCGGAGCUGAGGAUGAGGAGACGUCUGAUUGGAUGAACAGAAUCGUUCUCCAUUUCAUCCUCCCCUCUCGCUGUUCUUAUAAACUAACAGAUAUUAUUUACACCGUCUGAAGGUUUUUUACUCGUGCGUGUUUUUUUACAGUUGCAUGUUUGCUCAGAGAUCAGAUCAAACAUCAUCAGACUGAUGGCUGUGUUGUUGUUAACUGACACCUGACCAGCAGAUGGCGCUCUAAUUCUGUAAAACUCACCUUAAUUGAAGUCACAAGUCAUGACAGCUUAUGAUGUCAUCCUCAGAUCUGUUACAUAAGCAGAUGUGAUGUCAUCUUCAAAUCUGUGACAUCAUAGGUGCAAUCAUUCUGUUGAUUGAUAUUAAAAGGUUUCUGGCCUUUAGUCAGAUGACAUGAUUUGGUUGUCAUGGUGACCAUUCCCAUGGUAUUGAGUUUUGGGAAGGUGAGCAUGUGCAGAACACAUCAGGAUCCAAUUGAUUUGAUCUCUGACGAGAUGCAAUAGAGAAACGGUGUCAGUCGAAUCUUCACACGUCCGUCCUGUUCACAUCUCACCGGUCGUCUUUAUUUUUUGGGACUUUAUGUUAAUCUAAAUGAUUUAUUCAUUACAGCAGAGAUGAAGUCUAUUCUCAGUAUCUCCUGCUGACAGUCAGUAUUUGAUCUUUAUCAAGGGUUUUCAUAUAUGGGAGAGACAGAUGUACAUUAUUUGUGCCUGAUUAUUUUGCUUCAACUUUAUUUUGUUGCAUGUGUCGACAUUUUGCCUGAAUCAUAAUGGUUAACAAAUGCUCGUCUGUUAGAUACAUAUGUACCUGUACAUUUUUAAUUACUUUGUUAUUUUUUGGCAUGUUUUUACUCAUUUUUGUUGGCAUUGUUUUUAAACGGGAUCGUGUAAAUAGAAAGUUAAACCAAAAGCCGAAGCCCCUCUGAAUCUUCUGGUGUUUGUCCUGUUGUGAUUAGCGUACUAUAAUAAUAAUAAUAAUAAUAAUAAUAAUAAUUAAAAAUGAAAUCCCGCCCAUGUUCACAGCAAUCUGAAGAGAAGUAUUGUGUGUGUGUGUGUGUGUGUGUGUGUGUGUGUGUGUGUGUGUGUGUGUGUGUGUGUGUGUGUGUGUGUGUGUGUGUGUGUGUGUGUGUGUGUGUGUGUGUGUGUUAGU